AUGCAUCAGGCUCAUCAUGAUACUCAGCUGCAGAAUAUUCGAAACAUUGGUAUCAUUGCUCAUGUUGAUGCUGGAAAAACUACCACCACUGAGCGAAUGCUCUAUUACAGUGGUGUCACCAAACGUGUUGGAGAUGUCGACUCUGGAAACACAGUAACUGACUUCCUCGACCUGGAGCGAGAACGAGGCAUCACCAUCCAAUCAGCUGCAAUCACAUUCAACUGGCCUCUUCAUCAAGCACUUGCUCCUGGAGAACACGCCAAAACAAUCAACCUUAUCGACACUCCCGGCCAUCAAGACUUCCGUUUUGAAGUUGAUCGUUGCCUCCCUAUUCUCGACGGAGCAGUAUGCAUCAUCGACUCGGUCAAGGGCGUUGAAGCUCACACUGAGAGAGUGUGGGGAUCUGCUCAUGAGUUCAAAGUACCCCGUAUCGUGUAUUGCAACAAGCUUGACCGAGAAGGUGCUUCUUUCAAAAAGGCUGUCCUUGAGAUAGGGACGCGGCUUAAAGGCUGGCCGCUUGUCUGCCAGAUUCCUUGGUGGGAGAAGGAGGACUUUGUUGGCGUGAUUGAUAUCGUCAACCGGGUGGGAUAUCGUUGGAAGUCUGAGCGUGAAAAGACACGUUAUGGUACUGAAGAGCUAAAGCAAAAACUCUCUAGUUCUAACAAGGACCUUAUUCCAGAGAUUGAGACUGCAAGACAGGCUCUGGUUGAGGGCCUUGCGGAUUUCGAUGAAGCCAUUAUGGAUGAGUUCCUUGCCGAGAACGAGAAUAUUGACGGCGAUAUCAUCAAGCAAGCUAUCCGACGAGUCAUUCGAAGCGGCGAUGGUCGAGUCAUUCCCGUGUUUGCCGGGUCCAGUUUCCGCCAUAUCGGUGUUGAACCGCUGAUGGAUGCCAUUACGGAUUACCUACCAAGUCCCGACGAGCGCCCAUCAGCAGAGGUCAGAGUCGGGUCAGCAAAGCACCGCCUAAUCGAGGUUCUUGAGAACAGCCCCAAAUCAGCCAAAAACCAGAUUGCGUCUAUCGCUUCGGUUUUCAAGGUCUUUAACCAUCCCAAAGAGGGCGUUAUCAGCUUUGUGCGAGUUUACCAUGGCACUCUUACUAGAAACGCUGCAAGCUUCAACACCAAUAUUCUAGCCCACGAAAAGCCCAUGGGAAUUCUCCAGAUCUCUGCAAACAUGACACAAGAUAUUCCAACGCUUGGGGUGGGCCAGAUUGGAGCCUUGAGGGGACUGAAGAAGGCUCGAACAGGUGACACGCUUGUUACAAUGAAUGGGAACAAGCCUAUUCCAGAAUCUUUCCGCUAUGUCAAGAUUCGACCGCCUGAGAUCCCGCCUCCCGUAGCAUUCUUACAGGUUGAGCCGUAUGGCAACGUUGCUGCUCAACAACUCCAGAUUGCUUUGGAAAAUACAACAAGAGAAGAUCCUAGUCUUCGAUACAGCCGGGAUCCCAAGACGGAACAGUUUACGAUCCAAGGUAUGGGCAAACUUCAUUUGGAUGUUUCACUUUACAACAUGAAGCAAAAGUACAAGAUCGAUGCCGACUUCGGCCCUAUAGAGGUCGACUACAAGGAAUGCGUGACAGAGCCUACGCGGCCGCAGUACACAGUCUUUGACCGUCCUGUCGCAAGCAAAUCCGGUAAAGCAUCCUGUACAGUUGUCCUAGAACCUCUCGAGGAGCACCAUCGAAAGACCUUGCUGGAGUCGAGUGUUGAGCGAGACGGAAAUGUAUACCACGUCGCUAUUCCUUUAACAGGAGACACUACCACUUUGAACUUUGACCCGGAGGAGGCAAGGGCACAGCUUCUCAAUGGAGCCAUCGCAGGUCUGGCUAGAGGGCCUCGUCGUGCGGCUCCCAUCCAUGGGUGCCACGUUACUAUCACACUAGACACAGAACCCGGCGCCUGUGAAACUCCCACUGGAGGUCAUUUUAGUAGUGUCGCCAGAACCGCAUUGCAAGCUGCUCUUCGCGAGGCAUUCGAGAAGGAACAGAUCGGCAUUCUCGAGCCCAUCAUGCUGGUCAACAUCACCUGCCCCGAGGUUGUAGCCGGCACAGUUCAGCACGAUGUUACGGCUGGUGCUGGCGGCCAGGUCCUGGAGGUUAACGACAGAUCUGCUGAGUCGACGGGCGAGGAUCACAUCGAUGUGUCAAAGAUCUAUACACCCCCCGAUCCGUAUGAUUCCAUCACGUCUCUGCGCAACAAGAAGUCUACAGCUCGGGUCGUGGAGAUUGUGGCAAAGGUGCCAUACAAGGAGAUGCUGGAUUAUGAUAACCACCUGCGAAGCAAGACUGCGGGACGUCACUCUAUGACGAUGUUCUUUGACUCUUUUGCCAAGGUUGUCGGUCAUCGUGAGAAGGGUCUGUAA